UAGUAACAUUUCCCAAUUUCGCACGCUCGAAAUGACAACGACGUCUAACGGCAAGGUCUGCUUCGACCACGCGCCGCCCGCGACGCGCACGAAACGCCCCGAACUGACGAAGAGAUACAACCGCAAGGCGGUCAAACUUCUCCUCGAGCUGGAGGACUGGAUGGAAGACCAACUGCGUCUCAUCUACGCCUGCGAGCCGGGCGACGAGACGCCGGUGGAUCUAUUCCUGGACGAUAUCCUCGACAACGACGAAGACAAAUACGAGGAGUACAUCAAGAGCAAAUUCGAGACGAUCCAGCAGCCGGCGCAGGCGUUUAUCGACGAGCUGUUGGCGAAAAUCAAGGAGCUCAACGUCGACCGGAAGUCACGUGAUUCGUUUGGGUGACCGGAUGUUGACGUAACGUCCUAUUUUGAGAGAUUCGUAUCUAUUGUUGGCUGCGUGUGUGUAUGUUUGGGUAUCAGUGGGUAGCUAAUCGUGCAGGACUAUUGACAUCAACUCGGGCAAACUUUCUAUACGCAACUUCGAUUUCUAAUGUUAAGGAAAUUUGAGACAUUUAACUAAGACAUUGAGAUUGGUCACGUGA